AUGUCGGAGCACAGCAGGAAUUCAGAGCAAGAAGACACCCUUAGUGAGGAGCUUGAUGAAGAUGAAAUCUUGGCCAACCUGUCCCCUGAAGAACUGAAGGAACUGCAGUCGGAGAUGGAAGUCAUGGCCCCCGACCCGCGCCUCCCUGUGGGGAUGAUCCAAAAAGAUCAAACUGACAAGGCUCCUACGGGCAACUUUGACCAUAGGUCUCUCGUCGAUUACAUGUAUUUGCAGAAGGCGUCUAGACGCAUGUUGGAAGACGAACGGGUUCCUGUCAGUUUUGUGCAGUCUGAGGAAAACACUCAAAAACAACAUGAAGUAAGAGACAAAGGCAUUAAGAACAUGCCCCACUUUUUAAAAGAAAAGCUCAAUAGUGAAAUCCUUGCAAAGAAAAGAGAAUCAAAUGAGAGUAACAAUGUACAAGAAACAGAAGAUGAUGAUGAAGAGGAAGAGGAAGAGGAUGACGAAGAGGAUGAUGAAGAGGAAGAAGAUGAUGAAGAAGAGGAAGAUGAAGAUGAAGAGGAUGAAGAUGGUGAACAAGCCAACGGAGAAAAAAAUAAAGCAAAGGAACAAAUCCACAACAAUCCGGGCAUCUGCCAGCAGCGGGCUACUAAAGCAGCGGAAGAGCAAAAAGACACACCAGAGAGCAAGAAAAUAGCCAAAUUAGACCCUAAGAAGUUAGCUCUAGAUACUAGUUUUCUGAAGGUAAGUGCGAGGCCUUCAGGGAACCAGACAGACCUGGACGGAAGCUUGAGACGAGUAAGACAGAACGACCCUGACAUGAAAGAGCUCAACCUGAACAACAUUGAAAAUAUCCCUAAGGAAAUGUUACUGGACUUCGUCAAUGCAAUGAAGAAAAACAAACACAUCAAAAGCUUCAGUUUAGCUAACGUCGGUGCCGAUGAGAGCGUAGCUUUCGCCUUGGCCAACAUGCUGCGUGAGAACAGGAGCAUCACCACCCUCAAUAUCGAGUCCAACUUCAUCACCGGGAAGGGCAUCGUGGCCAUCAUGAGGUGCCUCCAGUUCAAUGAAACUCUGACUGAACUUCGGUUUCACAACCAGAGGCAUAUGCUGGGCCACCACGCUGAAAUGGAAAUCUCGAGGCUUCUGAAGGCCAACAACACUCUGUUGAAGAUGGGCUAUCAUUUCGAGCUUCCGGGUCCCAGAAUGGUGGUAACGAAUCUGCUUACCAGGAACCAGGAUAAACGGAGGCAGAAAAGACAGGAGGAGCAGCAGCAGCAGCAACUCAAAGAGCAGAGAAAGCUGAUAGCUAUGUUGGAAAAUGGGUUGGGCCUGCCCCCUGGGAUGUGGGAGAGGUUGGGGGGACCCAUGCCGGAUCCCAGAAUGCAGGAGUUCUUCCAGCCUUCAUCCGGGCGGCCCCUCCAUGCUCAGGAGGUCCCCUUUGGUGCAAGAAAGGAAAUGAUCAAAAAUCCGCCCCAACCUCCACAGGGCAAGACAGAUCCCGACUCCUUCAGGGUGGUGAAGCUAAAGAGAAUUCAGCGCAAAUCUCGAAUGCCGGAAGCCAGAGAGGCACAGGAGAAAACCAACCUCAAAGAUGUAAUCAAAACGCUCAAGCCAGUGCCGAGAAAUAGGCCGCCCCCGCUGGUGGAAAUCACUCCCAGAGACCAGCUCUUGAAUGACAUCCGACACAGCAAUGUCGCCUAUCUUAAACCUGUGCAACUGCCAAAGGAGCUGGCAUAAGAAGCAACGGAAUCACCUAGAACAGCAAGGUCAGAGCUGAAGGCCAUUUCACUAACAGUGCAGGGGACAGAACUGGGAUUGUGGCUCCAACCAGGCUGGGGAUGGUUUGGGCUGUGAGAAGACACCGGCCCAAGAGGAAAAGGGAGGAUAUCAACGAUGUUCACAGGCAACACAUUUUUCUCCUCAGAGUUUGACUGCCUUGGGUGAAAAUUGUAGUGCGGUGAUUCUAGAAGCAGAAGCUAACCU